AUGGCCAUGGAUUUUCCAGCUCUGCAGCCCUGUGGCCAUAUGAGCAGCUCGAGCCAAGGUCGAGGCUCACCGUUGAUCCAACAGACUCGCACCGGGCCGUCGCCGUGCCUGGAAGAUGCUGCCGCAGCAGACAUGGCUGACCGAACCACAAUCGGGUGGUCCCCAGCGAGCUCCAUGAGGGAGCGAGGGCAAGAGAAUCUGGCUACGGCAGCCUGA